AACAAAAACAUCUUUAACUACACCAAUCGCAAAAGGCGUUAAUUUUCUUAAAUGUUGAAACGCAAACGUUAUAAAAAACAUAAAAACUGUUAAAUAGUGAAAAUCAAAAUUACACAAAAGCUACGCAGUAAAAUAAAGGAAAUUCAAGCAAAAGUGAAUGCUCCAGCAACUUGUCGGUGGAAACUUUUGCCAUGAACCUCAUACCAAAUAUGUGCGAUAAAAUGUUUAUAUUGAUUUUAUUUUAUUAUAACGGUUCUUAUAAUUGGAAUAAAAAGGUCUAAAUAAGCAAAGGAAAAGUGUAGAAAAUUUAGUAAAGACGCAAAUAAGCCGCAGAGGAAGGACACAAGAGUAGCAGUGCGCGGCAGAGACGUUGGAAAGGACAAUUAUUUUGCAUUGUGUGAGAAGUGCAGUAAAGAAUAACGGUAUAAUUUUACUUGUUUCAAUAAAUCAUUAUUUAAGUAAUAAAACCAACAAUAAAAAAUACAAUUGAAAAUAUAAAGAUUUUUCGUGUGUUCGCCGUAGAGAAAAGACAUUCGAAGGAAGUCAUUUGCUCGCGAUACAACUUUCAAACACAACAAUAAUAAUUUCCAACAAAAUUUCCAACGAAUUUCACGAUACGGAGCAACAUAAAAACAACAAAACGAUAUUUCGCAACGCUUCGAAAAUUCGUCAAAACCCAUAAAGAAACCAAGAAGAGGAACACCUAUCAAAACAAACACGCCUAGCGAGUACUAAAGAUAAAAACGGAAGUAAAUAGCGUUAGUAGAUAAUAAACAUUUAAAAACGCGAAUAAAAAAAUUGGAGAUAAAGUUAAAAAUAAAAAAACAAAACAAGUAUAAAAACCACAUACAUUGGGUGAAAUAAACAACCACCCAAAAAUUCCAAAGGCAAUAAAGCGGUAAACAUUUUAUGCAAAGCAAAUAAACAAAAAAAAGUAAUUGAAGCGUAAUUCUUCAUACUUCGUUUCACGCUGGAAACCGAGUGGCGUUUGGGCUGUUAAGCCAGCAUAGCAAAACACAACGAGUGUGUGUGUGUGUUUUGUUUUGUCUCCAUUAUUAUUGCCCUCUAUCAUCGUCACGUCAAUCAACAGCCCGUUUUCCAGCCAGUUAGAGAGUCAGCUGUUUACGACGCAAUUAAGAUUUGCAUAUCCACACUCAUACGAACAGACGGCUGACGACGGUCUUUUCUGCCAUUAAAUACCUGUGUAGACCAGGCACUUCACUCUUCAAUAUACUCGUACAUAUUUACACUCUACUCCCCAAGCACUUCUUGCGACUGCUGCAAAUAACUGUCGUAAAUUGACGUAACAAACUAGCACAGUUGUACAAAGAGGCCAUAAAUUGGGCAGUGGAGACGUCAAAAGAGAAGACCUUCAAAGGCAAACAAACUAAUACAAACACAAGAAAAAAAUAAAAAUAAUACAAACACAAGCAAAAACAUCAGCAAUAAAUACCGAAAAGCGAACUAUUGUUAUCUUCGUGCCACACUCUCAUUGUGGUAACAACAAAACUAUACGGAGCAUAAUAAACACAUAUACCAGCAAAAAACGAAAAAUAAAAUAAUAAUAAAAGCAAUACACAAACAAAGCUAGACAUUAGCAUGGUAUUAGCCAUACAUUAGUAUAUACAAACAUACACUGAUAGCUGACUUGCGCGCUCGCCGAUCAUUGGAUUCGUCUAUAUAUACGCGCUGGCACAAUUCGUGGCACAGAUACUGAUCGUAUUCUGAUCGUUACAUUUAAAGUGCAUUGCAAAUUGCCAGCAAUUCAGUCGUGUUUUGACUUUUGUACGUAUAAGUACCGAAUAAAAAGGACUACUUUGGAUCGAGCUACAACCAAGGGGAGCACAACGCACAGAGAGACAUUAAAAAAGCAAAAACUAAAAAGAGAAAAGCUUUUAACAGCACUUAACGAAAGCCAUUGGGAUCGUUUGAAUAUUCUGUGCUGAACGGUGCAAAGAAAACCGUUUUCCGAUGUCGAUUAAUUCGCCAAUACAUAUUAACUCUGACCUGAUUUAAACAGGCAAAAAAAAAACGACAGGUGUUAAUUAUAAUACCAGUGUUCAACAACAACAGCAGCAAUAUAGUAGAACAACACCACAUAAAAAAGGUGUUGUUUUUUUCGUUUCAGUUUCGUUUUCGAAAGCAUUCUUCGUUUACCUUUUGAGUUAACUUUGGUUAUUUUUUGUUUGUAAAUCAAACACAAAGCUUAUAAGUGAGUUUCCAGCGAAAAAUUUAUAAAAUCCCGUGCAAUUAAAUAAUUCGUUGAAAAAACACGCAAAAACAACUUUAACACAGUAGUAAACAAACAAAGUGACUCAUCAAAGACGAAACAACAAAAAGCAGUGAAGAGAGAGACUUCCAGCCAAAACAAAUUCGUCGGCUAUCUACUAAUUGUGAACUCUACAAACCCAAUAUUAUAUAUAAACAGUCAGACGCUUGAAGCGUUCGAUCAUUCGCAAGCAAACAAUUGUCGAUCGCGUGUCGAGAAACGUGCGUUAGCGCGUUUAACAGAAAACUUCAAAGUUUAAUUUAAUCAAGUUUGCUGUGUAUUUAUUCAAAGGUACAAUAAACAAUAUAGAAUUGUUGCGUUCUAACAGUAUAAGCGGUAAACAUAAACAACAAUCUGAAGGAACAAAGAAUUUAAUUUAUCCGGGCUUUGGCCGUUGUAUGGAGCUUUCUAAACAACCAUCGUAUUUUGGAGACGAGCCGGACCUCCUGUUCAAAAGCGCGCAGGGCCGGAAUAGUCUAUUUUCAACGUGUAACGGUGCUGCAGCCGCCUCAACCGCCGCUCCAGCAACCGCUGCCGCUACAGCUACCGCUAUUCCAUUAUCAAUAAACGCAGCAGCCAAAAUUAAUCUAGAAACCUCGUUAAAUGAUUGCGAAAGUGGCUACGUGCCAACGGUUGGCCGUUGGGGCGCCGAAUGGCCAAGUUGACUCGCCGAAGCCAGCCUGGUGCGAUGUGGCGCCGCCGCCGCUAGCGCAGCAGCUGUUGAACCAGCUGUUGUUGUGGGCGCCGGCGCCAAUGCCGGUUUAUCGGCGGGUGCGGUACGUGUUGGAUUGACUACGAACACCGUUCCUGUUCAAGAUAGACCACAAAAUAACAACGGCCAACGAAUUGUUGUCGCUCAACUGCAGCAAUGCAACGUGCACAACAAAACCUGGUCGUCGGACAACCACCAUGAUGUUGAUGAAAGCCAUGUGGACGAUGAAAACGACACUGGUGGACGAUGCGCUACAAAUGGUGAUGAUGCAGUUGUCUCAACAACAACCGCUCCAGCAGCAGUUGACAGCAAAUACAAAAAUGUUGACAACAUGGAAACAGUUGGAGCCGGUGCCACUGCAUCUGUCGCCGAUAUGGUUCGAAACUUUGGCAAAGUGGAUAAUGUGACAUCGAAUGCAUCAUUGGAACGCUGCUCCAAUAUACGUAAACUACUUGAGGAGCAGCACCGCAAAUGGUGGCGCAAUCAACUGCACGGCCAACAGGAGUGGUGGGCCGAUGAGGAUAGCUACAAUUUAACUGCAUUCAAUCAAAUCAACGGAAUCUGGCCCCUGGGACAUCCGCUACCACUACCCGAUUGGGUGGCGGCUUGCGAUGACGAACACACCAAAGGCACACUGCACUUCGAUUCGGUUUGGGAAUAUGAAGAUCUAAAUGCCAUUAUUGAGACCAAAUUACAUCGUAUGCUCGAGGAGACACAUUACGAUACCAUCAAUUUAUUCGUGGACUUUUACCGCGCCUUCAAACGCACGCGCCGUUCAGAUCUGAAAUCAUUCUUCCAGUUCUACGAUUUACCUAUCAACAGGCGUCAUCAUAUGUGCGUCUCAUUGGCUAUGGAAAUAAUGACACGCAUCAUCGAGAUAUUUCCAGUAUUGCAACAUUAUCUGUAUCUGGUUUCGUGCGAGGAACAAGUCAUGUCCCAGAGUGAUUAUAUUGAAAGCACUGAUGAAGUGGGUGGAUUGAACUCUCCACAUGCCAACGUGGAAAAAGAGCACGCCAUGGUGGCUAUGAAGAUUACAAUUGCUGGGCGUGAGGGUGUAAUGAUUUUGGAUCCAGGUUAUCACAUUGGGCGUGCCGUAACAGUGAUGUCGGACCAAAUGUAUCCGCACACUGGUUGGUUCACACAAUCGAAAGAGACGCAUCUGCAGCGUGAUUAUUGUUACAACUAUUGUCUGCAUAGCAACAAGUACGUAGAAUGGAUGGAACGUGAGACACGUGGCGAUGAGCAAUCCUUCAAGUCAUCACUCAUCUAUAUCGAACAGCCCUACGUGACUGCUAUAGAUGUGACAGUGCGUCGUAAUUUAGUGUACAACUUCCGCUCGCUACUGUCACGUGACGCUAAGGGACGCGUCUUUGCGGGUAUUUAUCUGCCGGUUGUGCCGAAUAGCAAUGAGUCGCAUUUCACCAUAUUCUAUGACGGGCCGAAUGAUCAACGCAUAAAAGUGAAAUUCAUGUUCAAUGUCUUCAAAAACCCAACGAAGGUUCCAGAUAAUGUGCAACAACAUUUGAAUAAAGUGGCACCGCAGUUAAAUAUGAAUGCAAAGGAGCUCACUGAUCUCUGUAAAUCCUUGGCCGAAGUCGUAAAUGAUCAGGAUUUCGUGCGACAGCUGUUAGGUAUCAACGAGGAUAUCGGAAUUAUGUCAGCCGAAAAUUGACAAUUAAAGGAUAAAAAGGUCGAUGCUGAUCUGAAGGAUGUCAAAGGCAAGGAACCACCUAAAUCGAAUGGCACAACAACAACAACAACGAUGACAGAGAUGGCCAAUUCGAAUGCAGCAUAAACUUAAACAUUUUCUCUGCAACUUAAAUAUUUUCAAUUCAUAA